UCUGCCACACACAUCUCUACCUAGCACAGGCUGCUCUUCAUCUGCGUCUGAUGAUGACAACCACGCGCCAUCAAGCCGAGGAUCAACCUCAGGCCAUGUUGUGUCAUCGGCGGCUGACUUGUCUUGACUGGUCAUUACAAACCAAGUUCAUUCUAUACAGCAAGAGGAGAAAGCAAAUUGUCAUCAUAACAGCGAAGCCUCCAUAACACAAAAAAUGAGCAACAUACCCAAAAACGAAAAGUUCGAAGUGCUGGACAUUCAGAAAAUUGACACUAUGUAUGGCGAGGCAGUAUACGUGGAGCUCCGCAUGGAAAACGACAAGCCAGUGAAAGUGUAUCUACCUGGACGCUUCAAAAAAUUGUCGGAGGAAGAGCUAGAGGAAAUGCGACUGCUUCCAAAUCUCAAAAUGGAGAAGAAAGAACGGUUUACCAAAGAUGGUAAAAAAGUCAUUUCGCCAGAUAUUAUCUUCACCAAUUCGAAGAGAAAGUGAUGAGAUAUGGUGACGUGUCACUUAUGCUCCCAGCACGAACGGCAGUAUUAUGCAACAGCAUUAGGUCUUCAGAUUCACUUGGCAAAUGUUCACAAUCUUCAAGCCCCCUGCAUUCCUUUUUGUGAGACUUUGUGCACACUGCGAAACUAUACUAAUCGGUUCGAGCUACAUUUACACGACAGGGACGUUAGCGGACAUGAUGUUACAACCUUUUUUCACGAGUACAGACAGUACAUUGCUGAUGUCUUACGACACUUUGGUUUCCCACUGCGCUAUUUUGUAUUGCUUAAAGUGGAACUUGGUCGUCACACGCCAGACGAUGAGUUACAGCUCGAAAUUAGUUUCGUGCCUUCCAAAGUAGUGACAGUAUGGUCAGAGGCAGAUGUAGAACCUUCUAUCACUCAAGUGACUGCUGAAAUAGCACAAAAUUUGGAAAACCUCGAAGUAGAAGGUUCAGGUUUUUUUCUCUUUCGCAUUCAUGCCUGUAUCAUGAACAUUGGACGUUUGAUGCCUCAACUGAUUGGAUGUGCCCAGUUUGAGUUACCGCAAGAAUUGAAGCAUAAGUUUCGUUCUCUGUUGUGUGUGGACUUUGGUUUGCAUGAAGAUGAGCAGAACAUGUGUUUUGCCUUCUCUGUAAUAGCUGCACUGCAUCCUGCUACUGGUUAUCGCAGGCGUAGGGCAUCUUCGUACAGACCAUAUAUUUCUGAGUAUGUUUUUCCGAAAACAUUCCCGGUAGCUUUCCCAAAAGAGGUUGAAGCAUUCGAAAAAAAUAAUGGUAUCAGUAUCAAUGUGUACGCCUACGAAAGGGAAGACAAAUCUCUGUACCCCAUCAAGGUUGUCGAUGACGAGCGUGAGAAACAUGUGGAUCUGUUGCUAAUCGACUCUCAUUUUCUGCUUAUCACAAAUUUUAAUGGAUUAUUUCAACCUAGCGGACGGUUUCAUUGCAAGAGGUGUAUGAUGGGCUUCUCAUCAGACAGAAUCCUCAGUGAUCAUUUAAAGAUGUGUUUGCAUCAGAAGGUUGCUAAGACAAUUUACCCUAAGAAGGGAGAGACGGUAGCAUUUGCCGGGGAACAUCUCAUGUCGGAAGUCCCUUUCUACUGUGUAUAUGAUUUUGAAAGUGUUUUGUCACCUUGUUUGGAGGAAACAAACGUGUAUGAGGAUCACUGUCCUUCCUCAUUUUGCCUUUUGGUUAUACGUGCAUCCGACUCACACGUGUUGCAAAAGCAUCUUUUCCGUGGUCCUAAUUGUGUCACAGUAUUUAUGGAGCUGCUGCGGAAAUUGCAUGACGAAAUUUUAGGAUGGAUACAUGCUUUUGCACCUCUAGAAAUGACUGAAGAGAAUGAGCGUCAACAUACAGCAGCCACUCAUUGUAAUAUCUGCAAAGAAUCCUUUGCUAAAAGACAAAAAGUUCGAGACCAUGACCAUGUAAGCGGAGAAUUUCGACAAACACUAUGUCAGACGUGUAACCUGAAACUGAGAGUGCCACCCAAGAUUCCAAUCAUUGCACAUAAUGCUAACUAUGACAUGAGUUUUCUCCUGUCUCAUUUACAUCUGCUUAAGAAGUCAGACAUCAACGUGAUUGCCACCAGCUGUCAAAAAUUUAAAGCAAUUGACAUCGGCUCUUAUCGAUUCUUGGACAGUUUGAGUUUUCUGAACGCAAGCCUUGAAACACUGGUGAAAAAUCUACGUGAUAAAGGUGAAUCCAACUUUCAAUGCCUUCGCCAGUUUUUUCCAAAUGAGGAACACUUUCAGCUGGUUGUUCGUAAGGGGGUCUUCUGUUAUAACUUUGUCACCAGUUUUGAAGCCUAUGAUGAGCCUUCGCUACCACCUCGAGAUAAGUUCUUUAACAUUUUGAAUGGAACCGAAGUAAGUGAACAAGACUACAACCACGCGCAGAAUGUGUAUGAAAAAUUUCGGCUCAAGAGUCUUGGAGAGUAUUCGGACUUAUACCUUCUGACAGACACACUGCUUUUAGCAGAUGUGUUUCAGAACUUUCGAAAGUGGACACUCGAUGUGCACAAGAUUGAACCGUUUCAUUUUGUAUCCCUUCCAGGAUUAAGCAUGUCUUGUGCACUAAAAAUGAGUCAGGUAGAACUAGAACUAAUUAACGACCCCAACGCGUACCUGCUCAUCGAGAAUGGCUUACGAGGAGGUGUCACACAGUGCUCCCUGAGAAAAGCAACUGCGAAUGUGCCAGGAACAGAACAGUUUGAUCCCGAAAAAGAAAAAAAAAUAAUUAACUACAUUGAUGUAAAUGGCCUGUAUGGAGCAGUCAUGAGAGAACCAUUGCCUUACGGAGGAUUUGAGUGGCUCACUGAGGAGGAAAUUGUUAACUUGGAUAUAGCUCAGAUACGAGAUGAUAGCCCUGUGGGUUACUUUCUUGAGGUAGACCUAGUGUAUGACCGAGCAACUCAUGAACACCACAGAGAUCUUCCCGUUGCCCCUGAAAAAAUGUCCGUUCGUUAUGAGCUAUUGUCAGACUAUCAGAAGGCGCUCAUGAAGAAGUUCAAUCUUCCACAGAAAGCUACCGAAGCAAAACUGUUGCUAACAUUAUUUGAUAAAGAGAGGUACUUUCUCCACUAUCGCAAUUUGCAACUGUAUCUGCAAUUGGGGUUGCGUCUCACUAAAGUUCACAGGGUUCUCAAGUUCAAUCAAAAGCCCUUUCUGCGAUCCUAUGUCGACUUCAAUCACGAACUUCGGAAGCGAGCUACAAACGCAUUUGAGAAACAGCAAUCAAAGCUAAUGAUUAAUAGUGUAUAUGGCAGGACAUGUAUGCAAGUCAGGAAAUUCGUAAAUUGUCGCCUCACAGUAACAGAUGAGCAAGUGUUGAAGCUUCUACGUAAACCAAACUUGAAACAGUUCCGCCCUCUGAGCUCUCACGUCAUCUUGUUCCAAUUUAGUCAGUCUGUUCUUCGCAUGAAGCAACCGCUGUACCUGGGCUUCACAAUAUUGGAAUUGUCUAAGCUGAAGAUGUUUGAUUUUUAUCAUAACCAUCUUCUCCGUGUAGCCCCUGAUACACGACUGCUAUACAUGGACACUGAUUCUUACAUUGUGAUGCUGAGUGACGAUAAAGUACUCCACGAACUAGCUGACGAGCAUCUAGACAACUCUGGAUAUGACCCUGAUCACCCACUCUAUUCGACAAAAAACAGGAUGGUACUAGGAAAGUUUAAAAAUGAGCUUCCUCGUGAUCACAUUCUUGGCUUCUGUUGUCUGAAGCCAAAGCUGUACGCCCUCGAUCUGUGCAGCAAAAAGCAGUACAAUCGCGCUAAGGGUGUUAAACAAUGUGAAGCACAAAAACUCCACUUCUCUAUGUAUACGAAUGCUCUCGAGCAGGGCACAAUGCAUAAAGUUAAACAGAACCUCAUUGUGCACAAGGACAAUGUCAACAAAAGUGUGUCAGUGACAAAAAUAGCCCUCAAUCCACUGGAUACGAAACGCUUCAUUUGUGAUGAUGGAAUUGACACGCUACCUUUUGGCUAUGGUUGAAUUUUUUUAAUGUGUACGGAUUGGUCUCUCUAAUGAAGCGAUGGUGUUGGGGUGUGCACCGUCACGAGGUUUCAUUACAGAGUUGGCAUACGGGAGUAGGAGGGAACUCAUCUGUUAUCACCCCCGCAACAGAUGUUGCCCUUCUAUUCCUGGUCCCACAGAAAAAAAUUGUAAUAAAGAUGUUACAUCCAUAUAGCUAUGGUUUGUCAUAUAUUAGAACAAUGUCAUGUUAGAACCAUGAACUAAAGCUAUUGCAUUAUUCCACAUCUAUGGUUGUCAGUGUGGGAUUACUUACAACUGUGAGUUAGGAGCUAGAGGAUAUUUGUUAGCCACGAGUGAUGACUAAGCUGAGACCUGGUCUGAUGAAUUUCAUGUCUUCCUGAAGUAAUGUGUAGCUCUUGAUGUGAGUGAAAGAGAGACAGUUUGCUUUCCCAUAUUGCUGCAUGCAUUUGCGAUGGAAAUAACAACUGACUUUGUCUGCAAGUCACUGUUUGUAAAUGGACCGUCUCAGACGAAUUUGAUUAUAUGUGCGUGAAAUAACCUGUUUUCUAAGAAUUUGAUUAUAAGAGUAUGUGAUAACCAGUUUCUAAUAGCAUGUAUGUAAUCUAUAACAACGUCUUUGUUUGCAAGUCAGUGUUUGCAAAUAGCCUGUCUCAGAUGAGAGUCACUGUUUGUAAAUGAUCCGUGUCAGAAAAUUUUUGAUUAUACAGUCAAACUUCUUUACAACGAAACUCAGGGGACAGCAAAAAAAAUUCGCAGUAAAGGUAUUUUCGUUAAAAAGGAUGUCCAUUAUUGGACCUAUAGGGCUCCAGCAGGACCGCAAAAAAAUUGCUGUAGUGGUAUUUUCGUUAAAAAGGUGUUCGCUAUAAAGGAGUUUGACUGUAUGUGUAUGAAAUAACCAGUUUCUAAUAGCAUGUAUGUAAUCAUCAACAAUGUCUUUGUUUGCAAGUCACUGUUUGUAAAUAGCCUAUCUCAGAUGAGAUUUUUUUUAUUACCAAUGAUUCAUUAUAUAGUGUGCAAAUUAAGUUGACAAAUAAAGCUCUUUUCAGGCAAACUGAAAUUUUAUUGAAUGCUCAUAGUACACUACAGCAUGACAUAUCCUCUGUUUUUCUUGGGAAAUUUUUUCGAACAAGUGUUUCUAUCAAUCUGUCAUUGUGUCUGAAGUUGGUUGGUGAAAACUUCUGAGUGCACUCUUGAAGAGAGAAACCACAGGCUAGAAGACUACCUACAUACAAGCAGUACAGUCCACAUGUAGCAGAUCCAUAUCCCUGAAGUCGUUUUGCAUUGUAGUGAAAGGAAGAUGUUGGGUGAAUAAACUGGUAAAUUUCUUUGCAAACUGGUCGUAUGCCGUAGCUGUCGAAAUAAGAAAUGCUGUUGUUCUUAGAGAUGUAACAUAAGGUCCAGUGUUCUCCAGGAGAGGAUCUAGGAGCUGUGUUUACAACAUACAGCCCUGGUUCAGCUUUUUGACUUGCAAUUUCAUUGCAUGCAAAUGUUCCACGAAACAGUGGCCUUGUGCAGUGAUUUCGAGCAAAGGCUGCAUAAAAUUCCCAUUCCUCCAUUUUUUUCUAUACGAAUUUGACUCGUCUGUCUUUGUUGAUUUCUAGCACACGAGGUGUUUCUGAAACAAAGAGAACUGUAACAGCCUCUGUAAGAUUUCCACCAAAUGUUAGGGUGAGACGAACAUUGGCUUGUACCACUGGACUCAGCGACUGCACUUCCACAUCUGGAGUGAGAUGGUAGUAGAGCAUAAACGUUUCUUUCUCAUAUGCAGCCGGAGCUAGAGGUAUGUCUUUCCGCUUCAGCUUGUGAAGCAAAUUCAUAUAUCCUUUAGAGUAGAUCGAUCGUUGAAAGUCAAAGUCAUCUGUGUACUGUUGUCCACCAACAUCAAGCACAGCUCUCUUAAGCUUGAAAUUUUCAAGUUUAAAUGGAUUCCUUUGUCUGUUACCCUGGUAGGCUUCACUUCUAACCAUCAAUACUGUCAGCUUUGAGGGAACUCGUUCACUGUAAAGGUCAUCGAAAAUCACUUGAGAUUGAUUUGGAGCAAUUGUCCUGUACUUAAUCUCUAAUCCUCGAAGGAGGUAUGAUGCUGGAGUUGUCUGAAGUCUUCGUUCGAUGCCGACGAGUACACUUGGAGAAACCUGCACACGUCGCAGGUACAACACAAUUCGUGAAAACUCUAUAGUGUGUUUUUCAGUCUCGCUGGCAGGUGCAAGAAGUCGAAAAUCAUCUGUGUUCUGACGAAGGACAACUCUUAUGUCGACUCCAUUGAGAAGAAACUUUUCCUGUUGACAUAUAUCACUGAAGAUAGGGGAAUAAAGAUCGCAGAGUGUCGAACCUUUGGUCCGUUUGUAGCGUGCAAAAAUUCCUUUUGCCUCAACAGGAGCGGCAAAAUUUUCAGAUUCUCCCACUGGAUCUGGUUCGUAGAGCAUUGCAGAGAGGGUGUGAGUUUGAGUAACAUUAUUAGCAUUUGUUAUUAUGUCCAAGUAUGAACGAUAUGCAUAAUUUUCGAAGUUAGAAACCAGUGUCGAAUUAAGGUAGACGUGGACAUGAUGAAAGAGCGAGGAUGCAAAUGCUUGCACAGGUAUCACACUAUCUGGUGUCACUGUACUGCCAACUGUACUUGAUGCUGUAUCUCCAUUUUUCCGUACAAUUUUGCAUUGAAUGUGUAGAAAACUAGACUGCAAGUCAAAGAAUCCACCUCCGAGACCUGGAACAUUAUAUUCGAUUACACCACUUGCUGUAGGGGCAGAAACUGGAAAAAACUCCACAUAUUCUGACUUCUCCAAGGAAAAGUUUGUUGGAGGAAGAGAAAACAGUUCCAAUUGGUUCGUGGUGC